UGGCCAGUCCAUCGAGCGAGCUCAAGUCCAUAUAAGACGCCGUUUCCUCCCCCGUGUUACCAUUCUUCUUCACCAACGACUUCAAAAGUCUCCAGCCAGUCCUUCAAAGUGAGAUUGUCUCAACGACAUUUCCAUUCCUUCUUCUUUCUUUCCAAAGGCUAGUCCUUUCUGUCUCGACGACAUUCGCGUAUUGCCUGGUGCAAUUCGACCCUUCCUUCACUCAUACUCAAAUCGAGCUACGACUCUUCAGUCCUAUACCCAUAUCACUCGAUUCUUGUCUUGACGGCAAUCUCACUACCGGAACAUCAAGUCUAUCGUCAGGAACGUUUAGACUUUUCCACCCCUCAAUCAAAAUGUUCGCGAAGGCUUUCACUUUUGCCAGCCUGGCUUCCCUGGCCAGUGCUCAUAUGCUCAUGAACAAUCCCAAGCCCUACGGAAGCCCAGAUAACAGCCCUCUGGAUGCAAGCGGGGCUAACUUCCCUUGCAAGGGUGCUGUUAACGAUGGUUCCGUAAACAACGUCUAUAAGCAAGGCAGCACGCAGCAGCUCUCCUUCACUGGCCAAGCUGUCCAUGGUGGAGGCUCAUGCCAGGUUUCUCUUACCACUGACAAGAACCCAACCAAGGACUCGGUGUGGAAGGUCAUCAAGUCCAUCGAAGGCGGCUGUCCUUCAAGAACCGCUACCGGCAACUUGGGUGACAAUGCCAAGGCCGAGAACCCCGAUAAAUAUGACUUCACCAUCCCUGAGGAAUUGGCCGCUGGUGAAUACACCCUUGCCUGGACCUGGUUUAACCACGUCGGCAAUCGCGAGAUGUACAUGAACUGUGCCGCUAUUAAUGUUGAGGGCUCCGGUGGCUCCAAAGACUACUUGGACUCUCUCCCCGACAUGUUUGUUGCCAACAUUGGUAAUGAUUGUGAAACUCUUGCCGACACUGACCUCAAAUUCCCCAACCCCGGCAAAGACGUUAGUAAGCUGAAGACUUUGCUCACUGAUGCUAAGGGAGAGGGAUGUCAGAAGGCCGGCUCCGGCGGCGGCUCUGGUGGUGGUUCUGGCGGAGAUGAUUCCCAGCCUUCGGCUCCCGUUGCUGCUCCUACUACGAACGUCGGUGCUCAGCCCACUCAGCCUGCGACCACUCCCGCUCCCAGUGCUGGCUCUGGCUCUGGCUCUGGUUCCAACGGUACCCCUGAAGUCCCUGGUGGCGCUUUCAUCACUGUCUCUCAGCCUUCUGCCCCUCAACCUACUGCCACUCAAGCUCCUACUGCUCCCGAGACACCCACGGACGGCUCUGACUCUGGCUCUGGCUCUGGCUCUGGCUCUGGCUCUGGCUCUGGCUCUGGCUCUGGCUCUGGCUCUGGCUCUGGCUCUGGCUCUGGCGGUGGCGGCUCUGAUUCUGGUGCUGGAAGUAGUGGUUUCGCUGCUGGAACUGCCUGUACAAACGAGGGCGAAUGGAACUGUAUCGGCGGCUCAACUUUCCAGCGCUGUGCCAGUGGUGCUUGGACUGCCGCCCAGCAGCUCUCUUCUGGUGUCACUUGCACCCCCGGUCAAAGUGCUGAUAUUGCCAUGAUCACUAAGCGAGGCAAAAGGAACAUGCGCCGAGCAAAGCGCUCGCAGAUCUAGGAAAUUUAUGAAGGUUAAGAACGUGCUCAUGGAGGCUUGGGGCUGGUAUAUGGCUUGGUUAGGCGCCUGGGGGACUAAAUCACUUUUCUUUCCUUGUAUGACUUCUUUCGCUUCCACACGGCAGCAUUCUUCGUUGUAGAAUUAAAAUGCAAAUGAAUAUUGUACUCAA